AUGGCCCAAGAAGGAAAACGCAGAAAGUCGAGCCAUGGUGGAAUCAAGUUUAUUGAUCAAACAACAGAAACUGCUCGCCUAGUCGAGAAGGGACGACCUAAACUGCCCGGGACCUCCAUAAUCAAAUUUGAUCGUGGAGAUAACAGGCCAGAAACUCAUAGAAAUCAGAUCAUGGAAUCUGAUAUUGCUAAUAUUCCAAUGAUGUUCAACCAGGAAAUGGCCGGUUUGUUUUUCUCUCCAGAAGGAUACGGUCUUCAGGAUCUUCAAGAUCCACCGAAUCCCGUCUCCGAUUUCGUCGAGAGCAUCCAUAGUUCUGAGCCAGAAAGUACCAGUCAUGAUAUGCACAGUGCAUCUGAAGAUGCGCAACUCCAUCACAUCUCCAACAUAAGUUCUCAACAAUCACAGCUUGUGGCUCCAUAUGAUUCCCAGAAUGAAAUAGGAUUGAUAAUGUUCUAUACGCAAACGAUAUGUCGCUUCUACACAAUGAAGUCACCCAACUGGAAUCUUUAUGCCUAUAUGGGAAGCAGGCUAGCCUGUCAGUACGUUCCACUCAAAUAUUCUAUUUUGGCCUUGACGGCACUUCAUAUGUCUAUCAGAGACUCUUCACCAAUGGACCUUGCGAAAAGAUACUAUGAUGAAGCACUAGCAGCUGUCAUGCAGGAAAAUUUCAAGGGUGGAAACGUGUCCGUUGAGCUUGAAUUGACAACAUGCUUUUUCCUACUUCUUUUUGACAUCACUAGGGGUACCAAACACGCAAGACAGAUACUUCGAAGAGUUUGGUUCAAAUUGCAAAUCGGCAGAUUUUUUGAGUAA